AUGGCAUCAGUCAGGGGGGUGGAUGUAAUGUUCGAAAUACGCCACGCUGGCGCCAAGGGUUUCGGUGUUUUCGCAUCUCGAUUGAUACCGCGCGGCAGUCGCAUCCUGGCCGAGCGAGCACUGCUUUCAAUCAACAUUCACAAGACGUGCAUCCUUACUGCAGCUGAACAACUCUCCUCCAAGGAUCAUGGAGCAUUGAUGCGCCUGUCACUUAAUGAGUCCAAGCAUUUUCACAGUCCCGGCCUCAUUUUCGCAGCAUGGCAGGCUUUCUCCUUCAAUGCCAUGGCGAUCGGCCAGGGAAUGACUAUCCUCAACAUAUUCUGUAACAACAACUUUGCCCUCUCAGAUGAGCUUGGCACACGAGCCGUCUUCCCGACAGCGGCGCGCAUCAACCAUUCAUGUGUACCGAACUCACAAGGGAAUUUCAACGAACUACUGGGAAGUUUCACUGUGCACGCGACCAGGGACAUUGCGACUGGAGACGAAGUCACCAUAUCGUAUCUGCACAACGAACUCGGCCUGCGCGCAGCGCGCCAAACCAAACUUCAGGAGGGCUAUGGCUUUCAUUGCGGAUGCGAAUUGUGUUCCGGAGGCUCUCAGAGACGUAUGGAAAGCCGUGAACGUCGCACCGAAAUCAAGACCAAGCUGAAAGCUUUCAGUGCGCAGCAAUCCCUAUUGCAUGUUCCAGACAUGGUCUCACACAAGCUCGCGCUUACGCAACUUAUUAUUGAUACCCACGAGAAGGAAGGGCUGGCUGGGAGGGCGUUGGCCUCGUUGUACUCGGCAGCAGCGGGGCUUGCAAUGCAAUUGAACGAUUUUGCUUUGGCAACGACAUUAGGCACCAGAGCAUUGGAAUUAGAGAAAGACGCUGUUGGUAUAGACAGUUCUUUCUACGAAGCUAGCCAAUUAGCAUUAACUCAAAUGAGUUUUCCAGAAGGAAAAGCUCUAGCAAAUCUGCCAUAUGAUGUUACACCAGAACUAUCAUAUGCUCCUUGGACAUAA